AUGUUUGCAUAUUACACACUAAACGGAAACGUAUCCAAGGUGCACGCGAGAAGUCUGUGGUCGCGUGCACGCCGACGCCCUCGUCAGCCGUUUACGCGUUUGCAGGUCGGCGGGCACAGGCUCGAGUGCGCUGCACACGAGCCCCAGCAGGAAAGUAUUGCUAUCGUCCAGAGUACUUGGUCUCAAGCUGUGCAACAGCGCGAGCGUCUUGGACAAGUAUUUUACGACCGCCUGUUCGCACUAUAUCCGGAACUACAGCCCAUGUUCCGUUCGGAUCCGGCACUUCAACGGAUACGCCUCGUCGAUAUGGUGGACGCUGGCGUUAAGCUACUGAAUUCGCGGCGCGAUUUGGAACAAGCGCUUCGUGAUCUUGGGAAGCGCCACGUUAAGUACGGCACCCAGGAGGAGCAGUAUCCCAUCGUGGGCGAGAAUUUGCUGCACGCCCUCGAGUCCAUCCUCGGCAGCAAGCAUUUUAGCGAAGAUAUGCGCAAAGCGUGGCUAGAUGUCUAUGCAUAUUGGAGCUCGGUCAUGUUGGAAGGUGCUCGCGAAGCUCAAUGA